AUGAACCCGCCACGACCCCGCGUUGCGUCCAGUCGCGUCGCCGAUGCUGAGGAAGCCGGUCUACGCGGCGGCACAGCUCCAUUGCAAGCAGAAAAUAUGGAUCAUCGCGGGAGCACGUCAACCCAGAAGAGCAAAGUUCCUAGGGAGCAUGUCACAUCUGAAAAACGCACCGAACGCGUCGUUAUUCAGACUAAAGAAAAGAUGCAAGGCCGAACGAGAAAUCCAGUGAGAGAGUCGCCCAGCGCAGGGAACCGAGGGGAGGGAGAUAAGUCGCGGUCAAGGAGGGCUAAUACUGCCGGGCCUCUCAGUCCCAAUUUGCGGAAGAAGGAAAAGGAGACCCCAGAUGCACCAUGGAACCCGCACGCCUCCCUGAUGCCCUACACUACUGCGCCGCUGGCUAGUCGUGUAUCCGUACCUCCGUUGUCCUCAACUCUACCUCAAUCGCUUCAACCUAAACCACUACGCGAUUUGUCUACUGAUGCGCAGGAGAAGGCGAUUCUGGAGGACCUAUUGUUUGUUUUCAUGGGGUUCGAAGGCCAAUACAUUCAAUACCAGGCUCAAUAUGACCCUACUGCAGAGAAGGACAGAUUGACGGGACCGGCUUUCCAACUGCCGUCUGGGCUGGAUCCUACUCUGAGGGACCUUACACGGUCCAUGUUGAAGAUGGCAACACAUUACAGUGCGCUGGAGGCGUUCGUUGAGGUUCAGAGUCGUGCAGAGUACGGUGCAGUGAGCCACGCCCUAUGCGCUACGAUUCGAAAAUUAUUAAAGGACUAUUUGAUCCUCGUUGCCCAGCUCGAGACACAACUUCUCAACAACCCGAAUUUCACCCUCCAUGUACUCCAUCUUCAUACCAUGCCCACCAGCCAAUGUUUAGCUCAAUUGUACUCUUUAGGUCAGGAGCUGCUGAGACGAAACGGUCUCUUGGAUCAGGAUAUUGAUGAGUCGAUUGACGACUUUGACGACGUUGAUAACAUUCUCGAACAGCUUAGAGAAGGAGGAGAUCUUAUUCCUGGAGCAAUGUCUAGCAAAAAAAUAUGUAAAGGAGGCAAUGUACUACGCUUACUGACCGAGCGACUGGCAACUUUCUCCGGCGAUCCGACGACAAAGGCGCUGUUAGAAACUCUUCUCCGUGAAUCGAGCAGGCCCUACAUGACAAUGCUCAAUGAAUGGCUUCAUCAUGGGGUAAUCAAAGACCCUCACGCAGAAUUUCUCGUCAAGGAGCAGAAAUGGAUCAAACGAGAAAAGCUGGAAGAGGACUAUACAGAUGAAUACUGGGAGAAGCGCUAUACUAUCCGCGACAACGAAGUGCCUCCACAACUCGAUAGCGUACGGGAUAAGGUCCUACUGGCAGGGAAAUACCUGAAUGUGGUGCGAGAGUGUGGAGGGGUGGACGUCAGCAAAGCGGUUAAGGAUGUUCCGAAGACAUUUGAUGAUCCUCGCUUUCUGGAGAACGUCAACGCUGCUUAUACAUAUGCCAAUGCCUCUUUGCUGAAUCUUCUGUUGACUAAAAACUCUCUCACUACUCGCUUCCGCUCCUUAAAACACUACUUCUUCCUCGAUCGAUCUGAUUUCUUUUCCUAUUUCCUCGAGCUUGGAGCGUCCGAGCUUCGCAAGCCAGCCAAGAACGUGAACGAAAGCAAACUACAAUCUCUCCUUGAUUUAGUCCUGCGCCAACCAGGCAGCAUUGCGGCGCAGGACCCAUUCAAGGAAGAUGUCAAAGUCCGGAUGAACAAGAUCGGACUCACCAAAUGGCUUAUGCAGGUUGUUAGCGUCUCCGGUAUAGAUCAGGAUAACCCAGAAGCCGCUCUGGAAAAGUACCAAGCACCGCAAGCAGGCAGCGAGGAUGACAAGGAUAUUGUUGGAUUUGAUGCCCUGGAGCUCGACUACACUGUACCCUUCCCGCUUUCCCUCGUUAUUAGUCGCAAGACAGUCCUCCGGUACCAACUCAUCUUUCGACACCUACUCUCGCUCCGUCAUCUGGAAUCCAUGCUCUCAUCCGCCUGGUUAGACCAGAGCAAAAUCCUGGGAUGGCGCCACAAAUCAACUGACCGAAGGCUAGAGCUCUGGAAAAGGCGCGCUUGGAACCUUCGAGCGAAGAUGCUAGUCUUUAUACAGCAGUUACUCUAUUUUUGUACGGCUGAAGUAGUCGAACCGAACUGGCAAAGCCUUAUGGACCGCGUGAACGGUACCGACGCUGAUGGAUCAGAAGUCACCGUCAACGGCACCAAGCAGGUCAACCGGACAGUGGACGAACUCAUGCAGGACCACGUGGAUUUCCUGGAUACUUGUUUAAAAGAGUGCAUGCUGACGCAGGCUAAACUGCUAAAGAUCCAUUCAAAACUCCUAACCUGCUGCACAAUGUUCGCCUCCUGGACCGCAGCACCCCUUGGCCGCGCCCUCAUCUCAGCCGACCCAGGACUCAGCGCGAACCCUGCUACUUCUGACGGACGAGGCUACGACCCUGCGCGGAUUGGGAAGCUCGAGGACACAUUAAAACGAUAUGAAGAUCAUUUUGGUCGUCAUCUUCGGAUUCUUAUGGAUAGCUUGAAUUACUUCGCGGCAACUGAAAGCGUCGUAUUGCUGAAACUAGCGCAUGCUCUAAGCUCUAUCAGCAAGGAAGACUGA